UACAAAUUUGAAAAAAAAAAUUAUGCACUAAAUAAUUUUUUAAACAAAUAAUUAUUAAGAUAGGAGUUAAAUGGUAGAUUGGUAACUAAAAAAAAAAAAAAAUGGAGAAGUAGCUUAGAUCUGUUUUGUUGGUAGACCAAUUCGGGAACUUCAGUUCAAGGGUCCAUUUAUUGCCAGUUGCCAAUUGCCAGCUUUUCAUUGUUCUAACACAGUCAUAAAAAGCGACUUGACUUCUGCAGACGAAACAAACGACGGAAAAGCCCAAUCCGACAGCUGAAACAGUUCAACUCACUGGUCAUUUAUGUCUGCUCAAUCUUUCAUAGGACCCCACGAAGUAUAACCUGUCUAAAAUAUCUCCCCUGAAAAUCCCGAAACGGUGUUUCAACUUUUAACCUUUUAAACCUUUACAAAUUUAUACUCUUUAAAAAUAAAACAAUUUUCCUGCAAUGACUUCUCAAUCGUUCAUCUCACGCUUCUCUCCGUCGCUCGAAACUCUUCUAUAUUACAAGUUUCAAGGUGACCCUUUACCUAGUUUUUCAACACCUUUUUUGAAAAAACCAUGUUCAAGCUUUGAUGGGUUUUCUUUGAAGAGAAAAACAUUAGGUUUUAAUGAGAAAAUUUAUGGGUUUGGAGGGAAAUUUGGAAUCCUUAAUGCUUGGAAAAAAGAAGGGCAUUUGGAAGAGCUGGAUGAUGCACCAGUGGCAGUUGAGUUGCAGCAAAUAUGCAGUGAGAGUCAGUUUGAUAGAGUCAUUGCUGAGGCUCAACAACUUGAGGAGUCUUUGAUUAUACUUUGGAUGGCAAGCUGGUGCAGAAAAUGUAUAUAUUUGAAACCAAAAUUGGAAAAGUUGGCAGCUGAUUACUACCCAAGAUUGCGGUUUUACUGUGUAGAUGUAAACACUGUUCCACACAACCUUGUUGCUCGUGCUGGAGUCACGGUUUCAAUGCUGUCAACUCUGCAUGCAGAAAAUGCCAACUAUACAGUUAUGGAGCGAUGGCAAGAAACAGGCUGAGGUGAUUGGUGGCCACAAAGCAUAUUUGGUUGUUAAUGAAGUACGAGAAAUGAUUGAAAAUGAGUGCACCAAGUGAGUGAUACCAGAGCAGGCAACUUUUCAUUUUUUUUUCCUACAUAUAUCUCCUUGACAAUGAAAUUAAAUUUGUAAAUUUUUUUCUGAUACAUUAGAUUGGCAAAAAAUCAUAGCUUAAAGAAAAUGAAAAACCGGCAUGUUGUUUCCUUAACUAUGCUGUUCUAUACGAACUGUUGCUUUUGAGAACCAGCAAUAAAGAAAAUUUUGAUCAGAAACUUCAAUUUAUGUCCCUCAUGUCUUCAAAUAUCAUGCUAUGAAUUGCUUGGCAAUGCCCUUUGUUCUGCUUUCAUGUGAGAAGGGAAUGCCACUGAACCCUUCUGUUGUAACUUCUCUAACAUAUAUUCCCUUGCAGAAAGUUGAAAUCUAUAGAUUUCUUCCUUUCCCAAUGCCAUUGUAUCCUUUUUCAUUGUUACUGACUUGUUUGAGAGAUGGUCAGGUGAUAUUGGCUCUAGCAAAAGCAAGUAUAUGGGUUAUCUUCCAUUUUACAGCACAUUGGACUUAUAUAUAUAUAUAUAUAUAUAGAUGAUAUGGAUGAAAAAUCAUCUAAAACACUCGGCGGAGUUUUUAAAGACCACCGGCGAGGUUAGGGUAAUUGGAUUAUGCAUAUUCCUCAGUGAUGAUAAGGAAGGUAAGUAAUGGGAAAAUCAAAGGAAUGAUUGUAAAAAGAAAUUUUGUUUACACAUUUUGCAUAUGAUCUUUUAUGGAUACGUCAGUCGAUAAAAGUCAUAUGUAAAAUCUUUAUGUCGGCAUUUAUAAAUAUCCCUUUUAAAGGAAGAUGAUUAGAGAUGACAAUUCAAUUCG